UACGCGAACAUUGAAAGAUCGCAGGAGGUCUUGAUAGGUCAGAGGUGGCGUUAUCACAUACGUCAGCUCAGUUCUGCUAUAAAGAGCCAAGCCAUCUGUGGGUCAUCACAAUCUCAACACAAUUCUCUCGAGGACUGCAAGGAAGGAAAGACUGAAAAGAUGAAAUUGUACUUGGCUGCAGCCGUGCUGAUGCUUGUACUUGCAGUACAGACAGAGGCCCAAGAUGAGCCCACACUGGAGCAGCGUUUCGCCAAAUUCCAGACUCGUGAAGAGAUUGCAGAUGACCUGACAGAGAAGACCAAGGCCACAUUUGAACAGAUUGAUAAGAGCGAGUUUGCUGUUAAAACCAAGAGCUGGUUUAGUGAGCAGUAUGAGAAGAUGAAGCAGGGUUUGGGUUUCUGAAACCUUCAAUUAAAAUAAAGACCGAUGACCUUAUACCCUUCAUCUCUGCAACCCUGCAAUUACUUUGUGAUAUGUGAUAUCACCUCCACCCUGUUGUGCCGAAUGGCGCGUUUGUUACAGUUCUAAACAACUUCAAACUGUGAUGAUCUGCUUGUCAUUUGUGUAAUCUGUAAAAUAGUUUACAAUUUUGUGGGAUGCUGUUAAAUAUUAUGGAAAAAUUUAAAAUCUAAAAAUGCAUUCUAAAUUUUUUCAAAACAAUAAACAGUGAAAAAAGAA